UACCGGUAGUAUUUUGGCUUGCGCGCACGUACAAAAAUUACAAUGCAGCAGGGUUGUCUUUCGACACGAUUUCCAUAUUACAAAAAUACAAAGGACAGAGCUUACUCACAUUUGAAGGAAUAAUUCCUCCAUGGCCAUUGUUAAGAUUUUCUUGUCUCUGUCGUUUUACACUGAAGAAGCUACGACUGGACAGCAAAAUGACCAAAUAUUAUUAAUGUUUGGUCGAUUUGGUGAAUAGACUGCAUACAUCAGAUUAUGUGCUUCUUCAGUUGACGCAAUCUUCAAAGUCUUUCGAAUUGGCAGUUGCUGCGUUUUCCUGUGAACGUUUCAGAAAAGUUGGAAGUUUUCAUCCACAAGAAAACUCCUCAGACAACUUUUUGUUUAACCAAGAAGUGCCCCUGUAAGGCAACAAAAUGGCUGACGUGUCCGACACAGGCACAUCAGGAGUAUUCUCGGUCGUUGAUUACGUCGUGUUUGCCGUCAUCCUCAUAGUCUCCGCGGCAAUCGGUCUGUACCACGCGUGUACCGGAGGGCACCAACGGACCACUCAAGAAUUUUUCGUCGGGGACCGUCAGAUGAAGUUCGUCCCCGUGGGCUUCUCACUCCUAGCCAGUUGGAUGUCGGCGGUGGCGCUGCUCGGUACGCCGUCCGAGUGCUACAGCUACGGCACCAUGUUUUGGCUCAUCAGUGGUUCAUACAUAUUUGUCACCCUGAUCGCCGCCCAUUUGUACAUUCCUGUCUUUUACAGGCUUCGUCUGACCAGUGUUUAUGAGUAUCUGCAGCUACGUUUUUCCCAUGCGGUCAAGCUGAUUGGUGCCCUAGCAUUCAUAUUCCACAUGAUAUUGUACAUGGCAGUCGUCCUGUAUGCCCCUGCCAUAGCAAUAAAUGCAGUGACUGGUUUCAGCAUCUGGAAGUCCAUUCUUACUGUGGGUCUGGUCUGCGUCUUCUACACAACACUGGGUGGAAUCAAAGCGGUGAUCUGGACCGACGUCUUCCAGACCCUGGUCAUGUUUGCCGGGCUUCUUGCCGUCAUUAUCCAGGGAAGUAUCGCGUUUGGCGGCUUCAAGAAUAUAUGGCAAAUCAACCAGGACGGCGGACGUAUUAUAUUCAAUGAAUUUGGGAUUGAUCCCACCAUCCGUCACUCCCUGUGGUCUCUCGUCAUCGGAGGCACCUUCACGUUUCUCUCCAACUACGGCUGCAAUCAGCUAUCGGUGCAGCGCUACCUCAGCUGCCCGUCAGAACGAGAUGCCAAAAGAGCCCUGUAUGUCAAUUGCCCGCUGCUGUUCGUGAUCCUCUCGCUGACUAUGAUGUGUGGCCUGGUGUUGUUUGCUAUGUACGGUGACUGCGACCCCAUUCUAAGGGGGCAAAUUAGCCGAGCGGACCAGCUGUUACCUUACUACGUCAUCAAUGAGUUGGGCUUUAUCAGUGGUCUAGCUGGUCUAUUUAUCGGCUGCAUCUUCAGUGGCUCCCUCAGUACUGUAUCGUCGGGUAUGAACUCUCUCGCUGCCGUCACCCUCGAAGACGUCCUCCCCAAGCAGCGCUUCACUGAGAGGACUGCGGCCAUCCUCUCCAAGGUCCUAGCAUGCACCUAUGGUCUACUCUGCGUUGGCAUGGCCAACCUAGCCGGUUACAUGGGCCCAGUCCUGCAGGUGGCGCUUAGCCUGAUGGGGAUCAUUGGGGGACCGCUCCUCGGUCUCUUCACCUUGGGUCUCUUCUUCCCCUGCGCCAAUAACAAGGGUGCACUCGUCGGUGUUUUCGCGAGUUUUGCCAUUUCAACGUGGAUGGCCAUCGGUGCUUUCCUCCACCCGACCCCACACCUCGGGCUGACAACAACGCUAGACGACUGCCCUCUCCUGAAUACCACCCUGAAUACCACAGAUGUGACUUUCCUCGACGAUAACACAACCUAUUUUGAAACUACUGACACAAGUCUGUACAACUUGACGGCUUUCACCACAGAAGCAACCAAAGAUACAACUCCACAUCCGGUGCUUGCCAGCUUGUACAGCAUAUCCUACCUGUGGUACAGCGUCAUUGGCAUGCUGGUAGUCCUGAUUGUUGGAGUGGUUACCAGUCUGAUUACAGGUGGUAAUGAAGACGUAGAUCCAUCCCUGCUGAGUCCUGUCAUACAGAGCUUUCAUUCCUGCAAUUGUAGGCGAUCUGGCCACAAGCUACAGCGCUUGGAUGAUCUGGAUAUGAUGGAUGUAGACACCAACAGCUACUGGAAAAAGUCACCGAAUAACAUACACACCGCCCUUUGACCUUGGAAUGAAUAUUUUAUACACGAACACAAACUUGUUUGACUAGUUUGCAGAAUACGGUACUCUGGUCCUGUAGAAUGUUUUCUGAAAUUUGCUGAACGUUUUUACAUCAAUAAUUUCAUUCUUUUUUUCUAAAAAAAAGGUGUAUAGCUACAGUUUUGGCAGGUUCAUGGGAAUUUGAAUGAGAGGUCACUCCACAAGCGUAGCAUUUCCAGCCCUUUAUGAAAAAGAAAUUUCCCUGAGAAAUUUCCAUGAUUCUAUGAGAAAUAUUUUCACUUCAACAAGGUUUUUAUGGAAAGCCAAGAGGUGGUUGCAGCAAAGCUUGUUGACAAGCGAUGGCCUCCCUUCCCUAAGUUUUCCCUGAGAAAUUUCCAUAAUUCUAAGAAAAAUAUGUUCACUUCAACAAGGUUUUUAUGGAAAGCCAAUAGGUGGUUGCAGCAAAGCUGCUAAGAUACUGAUAACACACAGGCAACUUGUUGGCAAGCGAUGGCCUCCCUUCCCUAACGUUUCCCCGAGAAAUUUCCAUAAUUCCAAGAAAAAUAUGUUCACUUCAACAAGGUUUUUAGGGAAAGCCAAAAGGUGGUUGCAGCAAAGCAACUAAGAUACUGAUAACACACAGGCAACUUGUCGACAAGCGACAGCCUCCCUUCUCCCCUUAUAGCCAUCCUUUCCUCAACAUAUCCAACAGAGUGGUAGCCUGUGCAUACAAUAAUUGUAAUUUCUUUCAAUUUUUCUGUCAGUCUCCCGUUUUGGUGUUUUCCCAAAAUUCCCUGAGUUUUCCUCGACUGGAAAAAUGGAAAACUCGUUUUCAAGGUUUUCCCAGAUUUCCAGCGUGGCUGGGAUAAAUGUCGCAGUGGAACUUGUCGGUAUCCUUGAGUUUGUAUUAAAUCGCCGUGAGUUUUUAUGCUUGAACCAGGAAAUGGCUUUGGGGAUAUUGUUACGUUGUGUUUUGAAUAGUGCUUUUGUAUAUUGAACUUGUGUUGCUCUGAUGAAGAGGCAGGUUUGCUUGCAUUCAACUGCCUUAAUUAAACAGAAUUGUACAGCGUUGAACUAACAUAUAACAUUUUGCAAUGCCACGGUGGUUACAAAUAAUUUUUAAAAAGAGUGGUAUUUGAAUUCAUCAAUUGUAUUUUAUGUGAUUUUUUUUCAAACAGAGAAGUAAAGUACAUGAUGGACUCUUGCCUUCAUGGUCCACAUAUUGGUAUUUGGUCAAAAGUUCAAAGGUCAAGCUCACUUUAAAAAUAUAGAUCACAAGUCUUUAGAACAGGGAGGUUUUCACAACUCAGUCCUGUUAGUUGUACAUUUGUUGGUGCUUUUGACGCCACCAUGUGCAUCAGAGCAUUCAGAAACGACACACACAAUUCAAUUCCCAUCUUUAAAACGACUUCAAUGGAAACCUGUGUCUAUUCAUCGACUGCCGUCCCAUUUUCCAUCUAUUUUUGGUGUGAUUUGCCGCCUGAACGAACCUUUGAAAAAAGUUCUCUGCCAAUUUUGGUUUGGGUGUACAUGAACAUGUACAUACUCUGUUUGCCCCUUUGGUAAAAUAUUGCAUUUUUAUAGUCUGUGAGUUUUGAAUUGAAGCAAGGCGAAUAAAUUAUAUAAGUAAAAUGUAAAUACUUUGAUAGAAAUGCAUUCACCUUUAUAGUCUUAACCCACAAACGCAGGGGCACUGUUGCAGCACUUUCAGUUACUCAAAAUAUGGCAUAUAGAUAUAGAUAUUUAUUAUUUUCUUAUUUUUGUGGCAUUUGCAUAUCAAACAUGGCCCCGGAGUAGGGAUUUUUAACAUUAUUAUAUGUAUGUUGUUUUGUUUUCUGUGAAAUCUGUUGAGCAUUUGCAUUUUAUGUAUUUUGCAAGGUUUGUUUUCCGGUUUUCCUUAACAUACACAAAUUAUAUAUUUUUCAGUUAUGUUAUGGUCAAGCUUAUUUUUUAUUUCAUCCUGCUGUUAAAAGAGCAAGGAUAUAUAUUUUUGUCUUGGUUCUGAAAUUUUACUGCUGUUGCAGUAGUUGUUUGUUUGUUCCAUGCACAUGCUGUUGACUAUUUUACCAGUCAAUUUAUGUUUGUUUGCUUUUAUUGUUAAAAUUCAUGAGACUUGUAAAAGGUCACAUGCAUGUACAAAGAGUACGUUUUGAAAAAACUUUUGGGGGCUUACCUGUUCACGAAGUACAUUGUUGGGUGUUGGUGGGGCAUUGGGGACGGCACAGUGGAACACUCUUGGCCUAUUGUAAAAUUUACGCUCCAGUGCGAACCCCGAAGUGUUGAAACAUACGAGGUUUCGGCAAGAAAUCUGUUGAAAGUACUCUUUGCGAAUCAGUAUUUGUGACGUUUGGCUGUAUAUCAGACGUUGGCUGGAAAAUUUUGCCUUUAGCGAAAAUCAAAAUUUUCGGCAAAAAUAAUCCCGGCGUGAAGUGGGUAAACAGUGCUUGCAAAUGCUUCUGGAAAUGCAGUUCUGUGUCUGAAGUUAUUCUUAAUGGUUUUGCUUUUGUUAUAAUGACUGCAUUUAAAUAUUGCAUUAAAAUAUUAAUACAGCCUGUUUUAA